AUGAGACAAAUCUAUGAAGAUGUGAGCAGCUCAGCGAAGUCCAAAAAACUUCCUGUGAAAUGGAUGGCCCCAGAAUCACUCUAUCAAGGCCUUUACACUACCAAAAGUGAUGUGUACGUAUAAAAGAUUCCCACUCUUUUAAACAUAUUUCGAUACAUUGCUGCUCAGAAAACCUCAGCUACCCUAAAAAUCGUGAUCAGUGAGUUGAAUUCAAACCGAUCUAGAAUUCCAGUGGUUAAUAUAGUGGGUAAUUUCGUACUUGUCAGCGCAAUUUUGACUCAGGACUAUAUAUAGUUUUCACAUUCAAUAGCGAGAGCGGGGUCGGUUGAAUUCUUAAAUCAGAGUGUAUGUAAAGAUCACUUAGAAGCUUUUCUUUGCCAGGAAAAGUUUACGAAUAUGCGACAGACGCGUCACGUAAAUUGGUAUUGAUUUCCCUACUCUAUUAACCUUGUUAGGCCAUUUACUAAGGGCUUUGAGCGUCUGAGGCCUGGGGGCCGUUUCUCGAAAGUCCCGGUAACUUUUCGGGCCCGAAAUCAAAUUUUCAAAUCGAAAAGAAGAAGAGCGCGGGUUCUGGCUAGCAAACUACUCCAUUGUGUUUCAUUAACUGAUAGUUUUAUCAUGCUAGAUGAAAAACUAUUGAAACUACUACCUUGCAUGUAAACAACAACAGCUUUACGGGCCCGUUAAUUAUCGGGACUUUCGAGAAACGGGCCCCUGGUGUCAUAGGGUUCAGUCACGCGCGAAGGCACGAAAAAGUGGAGGCACGCCCUUUUCCCCUUAAGUUCAUCAAGUAAAAGGAAGAGAAGAAAAGUUUAUAGUGUUUAUGCAGUGGAUAUAUUUAUGGCCUUUGUGCUUUUCUCUAUAGUUGGUCUUUCGGUGUUGUUCUUUGGGAGAUGGCUACAUUGGGUGAGUAGACCGUCACACACUGAUUAUGUUACCUUCCAAGGGGAGUGACAUCCCAAGAACUCUCCUCACUGUUACCACGGGGGAUAUGACUUGAAGUGCAACUGAUAUGAGAGGACGACACUGGGACUCUUAAUAGGCUGAUACCUGAUGAGUCUUAUAUGUGCCAAGCCAGCAGGCUUUUUUGUUUUGAACGAAGCUCUUGUCUGAAAUCAUAAGUGAUAAUCGGCAUCAAAUAUGCACGUACUAGUUGUUUCCCAGAAAGAGGAGCCUUAUUACUAAGCACCCUGCUUUCUUUCUUUCUUUCGUUCUUUCUUACACUUAAAUGCAACUCUGACCCCUAUUCAAUCACUAUUCUUUUGCAAAACUGUAUUAUUGAGUGCGGAGGAAUGAAGAGUCGUCGGCGUUGACAUUUCCAGUAGAAAGCUGUCCAGGGGAAUGAGCCCUGUUUUCAAAAUAACAUCAUGUAUAUUUUUUCUUUCGCACAAAGUGAUCAAGAGGCGUACCAUACCCCACGCUGGCCAACUCAGAGUUGUAUCGACUGCUUGGCACUGGUUAUCGCAUGGAAAGGCCUGACAUGUGCUCCGAUGAUGUGUACGUUUCUUGAUCAGAAUAGUCUUAGAACUAACAAAAAGAUUCGAUCUUUUUAGUUAUAAACAGGCUUGAAAGUUGCAGAGGACAAGUCGGUUUCGAUUUUGACGUUUUCUUCGAUCAAAGUGAUUACUGAACAGACAGAAGGCAAAAUCUUAGCUUAAAUAUUUGUUUCAUACAGUGAUAUGAUAGUGUUAUUAAACAGAGAUCGACAGAGCAAGAAUUAGCCUGCGAGCAAGCUCUCCAUUUGGGCAAGGAAAACGAACCGCGCGAGUACGCGCGAGCGGGGGGCCCCUCGCUGUCGUUUUUCCUCUCGCGUGUCGCACUUAAGUGUACUUGAAGAGAUCCCCCAAAUGGAGAGCUUGCUUGCAGGCUUGGCAAGAAACCGACAAGCCUAAUGAUCCGGCGUGAGUGGCUCCCAGCUAGUCUAAAGGAAAAAUCUUCCGCUAAAUCGGAAAAACGGUGUCUAUACAUGUAAUAAUGGAGUGAAACUCUGACUAACUUCAAUUGGUUUGUUUUUUUUUUGUUUGUUUUUUUUUUGUCCACAACAGAUAUGAGCUGAUGGCUGACUGCUGGAAAGAGGAACCUCGCUCUCGUCCCAGUUUCUAUCAACUGAUCGAAAAACUGGAGGUGAUAAUGGAGAGGGAUGCACCAUACUUGCAUCUAAACGAACACAAUAAAGAUCGUCCAUAUUACAACGUGCCACCUGAAGCUAGUGAUGAUUAA